CGGGGGGGCAGAGCCGCACGGCGGAGAAGGGCUGUGAGGCGCUGCUCUGCGCCAGGCUUGCGCUCUGCCUUGCGCAGCGCACGGGGCGUUUGCAUGACAGCUGCGGGGCCGGGAUGCUGCCGGUCUAGAGAACUUGGGGAUGCGCCACCAGGGAGCGGGGCGUUGAAUGAGGCUGCGCUGGGUGGGGAGGCGGCUCUGGGGCACUUUUGAUGUGUACCAGGGGCAGGUGGCUUGGCCCGCCCCUGGCGCUCUGCGCACCACGAGCGCGGGCCGGAGUGGGGAACUGCGCCAGUGCAUGCGGCUCCAGGUGCGGCUGAGAGCAGCUCCCACUGCCAGACCAUGAGCACCAGCACAGUUUCUCAACCACAGGCUGUACAUAGCCACCUGGAGAAACCAUCAGGUACAGCAAUUCUCUGCAAUAACUGUGGAAACCCAUGCAAAGGGGAAGUUUUGAGAGUUCAGAACAAAUAUUUUCAUAUUAAGUGCUUUGUUUGUAAAGCUUGUGGAUGUGACCUGGCUCAAGGAGGAUUUUUUGUGAGACAGGGAGACUACAUCUGUACUUUGGACUAUCAAAGACUCUAUGGCACACGGUGCAUCAGCUGUGAUGAAUUCAUUGAGGGGGAAGUGGUUUCAGCACUGGGGAAAACCUACCAUCCGGCCUGUUUUGUGUGUGCUCUUUGCAGGCUGCCUUUUCCUCCUGGGGACCGGGUGACUUUCAAUGGGAAAGAGUGUGUCUGUCAGAAGUGUUCACUGCCCCCUGCUGGCAGCAAUAGCACUUUCCCCAUCCAGGCCCUGCGAAAUUGCGGGGGCUGUGGUUCAGAAAUAAAAAAUGGACAGUCGUUGGUAGCGUUGGACAAACAUUGGCAUUUGGGCUGUUUUAAAUGCAAGACGUGUGGCAAACUUCUGAAUGCAGAGUACAUCAGCAAGGAUGGCGCUCCAUACUGUGAAAUGGACUAUCAUGCUAAGUUUGGCAUAAGAUGUGAUAACUGUGAGAAGUACAUCACUGGAAGAGUGCUGGAGGCCGGAGAAAAACAUUAUCACCCAGCUUGUGCACGAUGUGUCAGAUGCAGUCAGAUGUUUGCAGAAGGAGAAGAAAUGUAUCUACAAAGUACUUCCAUUUGGCAUCCAGCCUGUAGACAGGCAGCCAAGACUGAAGAAAAAAGCAAGGAAACUAGAACUUCCUCUGAGAGUGUGAUUUCCAUUCCUGCUUCAAGUACAUCAGGUUCUCCAAGCCGUGUGAUCUAUGCAAAGCUCGGAGAUGAAAUUCUUGACUACAGGGAUUUGGCUGCUCUUCCUAAAAAUAAAGCCAUCUAUAACAUUGCCCGCCCAGAUAUGAUCUCCUAUACGCCAUAUAUCAGUUACUCUUCAGAUGACAGGCAUAGUUAUGGGGAGUCACCUCAGUUGCCCUCUCCAACACUUACUGAGGGCGACCAAGAUGAUAGAUCUUUCAAACAGUAUAGGACAUCAAGUCCUAGUUCUACUGGAUCUCUGGGUUAUGGUCGCUACACUCCAACAUCCCAUUCUCCUCAGCAUUACAGCAGACCAGCUGGUACUCAGACUCUUGGUACCAGUAGCUGCAUCUCCCUGCCCCAACACCCAAGCCCUACAUCUACAUUCAGACAUCAUUACAUCCCUUUCUUCAAAGGCAGUGAAAGUGGUCGGAGCACUCCAAGCUUAUCCAUGUAUUCAGACAGCAAAUCUUCGCCUUCUGCCUAUCAGCAGGCUCCUAGACAUUUCCAUGUUCCAGACACUGGAGUAAAAGAUAACAUCUAUAGGAAACCCCCUAUCUACAGACAGAAUGUAAGAAGAUCAGAGGGGGAGGAUGGAAGUUUUGAUCAGGACAAUAGGAAGCUAAAGACCAGUUGGCUGAUUCUGAAGGGGGAGAUGGAUACCAGAACUAAUUCUCCAGAUUUGGAUACUCAGUCACUAUCACACAGUCCUGGAACUGACAGAGAACAGCUCCGGCAAAUGCAAGAGAAUGCAACCACCAUAUAUUCAAGAUUCCCAUAUGCCAAAUCUGCUUCUCUUCCUGGCUACGGAAAGAACGGAUUGCACCAGACUGCAAGUAUGGGCCAAUAUGAAACAGACCAAGAUGCCAGUUGGGGGAUGAGAGAAUACAAGGUAAGAAGUGCCAUGCCAACACUGGGAGAAUGCUCAGAUUCACCCCUUCCUAGCAAGAUCUAUCCUUAUGAAACGCUUAUUGUAACAAACCGAAUUCGGGUGAAACUGCCUAAGGAUGUGGACAGGACCAGACUGGAGAGGCACUUGUCCCCUGAAGAGUUCCAGGAAGUCUUCAAAAUGAACAUAGAAGAAUUUGAUCGUCUGGCACUUUGGAAGCGGAAUGACCUAAAGAAAAAGGCCCUGCUUUUCUAACCUCGCUCAGACAGAAAAAAAAAAUAAUGUGCUUAAUCAAAACAAAAAUUGUCUUGCCAGAACUAUCAUAUGCAGUUACUGUUGAACCAUUGUCCAGCUUCAUUGUGUUAGUGUAUGUGGAAGGGAAAUGAAGGAAAAGAUUAAAUGGCAGUGCAUUGGUAUAGAGGUAAUUUGCUGACAUUGCAUGACUGGCUGGUUCUGUCAGUAGCUCCUGGUCCUAGCCAGUUUACAUCAUACAAAAAUCUAGCUUUAAAUUAACUGUUGCUUGUGGUUAUUGCUUGAUGCAAAAGGAGAUUUUAAAAGGGAAGAGAAAGAAAUGUAGCUGUGACAAAAGAAAUCCACCUAACAUUUUGUUUCAAUAAGUUUUACAAUAAUUAUGAAACUUUUAGAAAUCACAUGACUAAUGAACAUAAAGUUCUCCUAUGGGUGUGGGGGGGAAUAGGCUAUUUUUUAAAAAAUGUGGGAAAGGCCAAAGAAAAGCAUUUCAGCAAGUUGCAACUGUUUUUGUGUGGUACUUUUUAGGAAUGAAAGCAAAACUAUCAAAGCACCUUAAAUCUAGUUCUUACACUUUAGAUGGAAGCUACUGUCUAAAAGAUCACAUACAUCUAAAUAGUAACUAGUUAUCUUCAGUUACAACACAAAAAGAUUUUAUUUUAUUACAAAAUAUAUUGUGACAAGUUAUAAUGACUAAAGCAUAUAAAGAGACCUACUAAGAAAAGUUUAUGUCCCAUUCAUCAGGAAAACUAAAGCCUUAUACAAAACUGGUUCAAGGGUGUAAAGUACCAGUUACUUGUGUUUUCCUAAUCUUUUGGGGAUUUUUUACAUUUCGUGCUGAUACAAAUACCAUGAAAUCUUAAUUCUCUCUAUAUAUAGCUACAUAUAGAAGAAUAUUGUUUUGUAAAUAUAUGUUAAAGCAUAAAGGCAUACUUAUUUCCUCUACUCUUUGGCUUUACUUUUUAAGCCUGAAGAGCUAUGGUGGCAAUUUGAUAGCUGUGGAAUAGUAGUGUUCAGCAUAAAAUGUAACAAAAAAAUAACAACAAAAAAAGCUUGAUGUGCUCUACAAUAAUUAUCAAAUGGUAACCAAAUAUAUCUAUUAUAAAAACCCUUGUUCAUUAAUAUUUGCAUGUUUCUAUACAAAUCAAAUCAAAAACCUAUGUAUUAUUGGUGCAGCACCUUGAAACUUUCUCUUAAAUAACAAGUAAAGUUAACAAAAUCUAAGUGUUUGAUAUGAGCAUUAGAUAUUAAGAUCUCUUCCAGAUGAAAGACAGUAUUAAAUUUAAUAAUUUCAUAUGGUCAGAAAUACAGUUGCUGAUGAAGAAUGUUUUUAAAAUGAGUUGCUAGUUUUAUGUGAUACUAAAAGAGCAUUUUAAAAAAAGUACAUUUUUCAGCCAUAUGUCAGCGUUCUGCAUUUUUACUGUCUUGAGUGUUUGUACUCAUCUUCUACAUCACUCUGUCUUUAUGCGUUUCCUUAAAGUAACUUUAAUAUAUGCACUGCUUCACACUAGUUCAACUGGUCCAGUGAUGGAGAAAUUGUAAUGUUGAACAUGCCUUCUUCCAAUUAACAUUCAAAAUUCAUGCUGUUGGAAAUAAAUAUUUUCUCAUGACCUAAAUGUUUUGUCUGAUAAUACGUAUGUCUAGAAAAAUCAUUAAAAAGUAAAACAUAGCUUGAUA